CUGGCAGGACAUCUGCAGCUGACCUUCAAGCUGACUGGAACGGCUGCACAGUCCUUCACCAUGCCAUCCACCAAAUCAACUCAGACGAAGGGCUCACAGGCCGACAAGUUCACUCUCGUCAUCCAUGGCGGCGCCGGGACGAUGUCCAGGGACGGAUCGACGCCCGAGAAGCAGCGCAGAUACAGAGUCAUGCUCGGCGAGGCGCUCAAGGCGGGCCACGAGGUGCUGCAGAGUGGUGGGGAGGCGAUGGACGCUGCUGUCGCUGCUGUGAGCGUCAUGGAGGACUGUCCGUUGUUCAAUGCAGGGAAGGGCGCGGUGUUCAACGUUGCUGGUAAGAACGAGCUCGAAGCCUCCCUCAUGCUCUCUAGGUCCCCCGCCUCGCACCCCGCAAUGCCAGCUUCGCGACGUGGCACAUCGCUCACGCUCCUCACACGCGCUCGCAAUCCGUCGCAGCUCACUCGUGCUAUUUACCUGGCGCCUGGCCUCGCGCCGCACCCGAUGCUCUCCGGUGCCGCGUCCGAGGAGCUCGGCGCGGAGCUGGGUGUCGAGCUCGUCGACCCAUCUUAUUUCUGGACGGAGGCGCGCUGGCGCGAGCAUCAGCGCGGGCUUGGGCUGCCAGAGGAGCCCGUGCGCUACCCUGGUACCCCUGACUCUGAGAUAGACGUGGAGUCCACGACGGACGUCGGCUCGGUUGAGGGCAUGAAGAAGGAAGGCGUGGAAGGAGAAGAAGACUGGACACCGCUGGAUCUCAUGCCGACCGGUACGGUUGGCGCCGUCGCGCUCGACCAACGCGGUUGCAUCGCCGCUGUUACGUCCACCGGUGGGCGAACGAACAAGCUCGUCGGGCGCGUGGGCGACACGCCCAUCAUGGGGGCUGGAUUCUGGGCCGAGGAGUGGAAGCGCGACGGGAGCUUCUUCAAGAAGACGUGGGACAAGCUCCGGGGGAAAGCAAAGGUGCAGGCCGUCGGUGUUUCUGGGACGGGCGAUGGCGAUUACUUCAUCCGUCAGGCAGCAGCGUCCACCAUCGCGCGCCGCAUGCAGUACCUCGACGAGUCUGUAGAACAGGCCUCCCAGACCGUCGUCAGUGACCUGUUCACGCAGGGAGGUAUAGGUGGUGUCAUCGCUCUCGAUCGUGAAGGAAACUACUCGCUCCCGCUCAACUCUAGCGGGAUGUAUCGAGGGGUCGUCAAGCCAGACGGGAUACCCAAGACAGCGAUCUUCUUCGACGAGGACGUGUCCGAACUCGAUCCCAGCCAUGGCUAGGUUUGAUAUCGAUCGCUGCAGCAACUCGGCGUUCACCAAACUGUGGCGUGGACGGUCCGAGUGAAGAUCAUCAGGAUUUUCUGCGAUUAGAUACUAUUUGAUUGGUGAACAGGUAGAGAUCGUCGAAGCUAUCAUGCGAUAGAGUGUACGUUGUAUAAAUAUCCUCCAUGUUGUGCGUUUGCGCAGAGGUCAUCAUGUUACAGAUUCACUCAGGGGUGAAAAUAGCAGAAGUUCACACGCUCCGAAUUGUUAGCCCGACAAUGGAGAUGUCAAG